AUCACCGAAGAUUAAGUUAGGUUAUGCGCGCGAAGUUCCGUCUUCCAUCAACGUGGUGCGUUCAGUGACGUGAAAGCUACUUUAUUCAUGAAUAAUUAUGUAAAAAAAGAAAAACGGCUUUGAAAAAUACUUGGUGCUGUUAAUUAGUAUUUAUUUCGUAGCCGAAGCAUAUAAGAAUGGUUGUGAAGAAGAUGCGUGGGCAUACGCUGGGGAAAUCGAAGCACGCACGGCAGAUUUCGAAGCAUAAAAUGAACAAGAGAGAGGUUGUAUCGGUUGUAUCAAACAAUCCAAAGAACCAGAAAGCUGCGAUUAUUGCGCAGGAAAUUAAGUAUGCAAGGCUUUUAGCGGGGAAUGAUAAAAAAGUUAGAGACAAAGUAUUGAAGAAUCUGAAGAAAUGGCUUUCGGCACGCUCUUCGAGUUCCUUUCCAUUCACGGAAACUGAUUUUAUGAGAUUAUGGAAAGGUCUUUUCUAUUGUAUGUGGAUGUCGGAUAAGCCGUUGAUCCAGGAGGAGCUAGCGGAGUCCCUCAGUGGACUUAUACAUUGUUUUAAUACGAUUGAGACGGCGUUAUUAUAUACCGAAUGUACAUUGAAAACUCUUGCCACGGAAUGGUUUGGCAUUGAUCGAUACAGGCUUGACAAAUUUGAAAUGUUAGUUCGAAGAGUCAUCCGACAAUCCUUCGUAUUCUGCAAGAAGCAAUCAUGGAGCAAAGAGUGCGUCAAAGGAUUUGCAAAGGUUAUCGAGAGACUUAUUCAAAAUCCUAAGUUUGCAUUAGGAUUUAAUUUUCACCUUUCUGAUCUGUAUCUAGAAGAGCUGUCCAAGAUUUCUCAUGGGCAGAUAUCGACAGACACCGUUACGGAAUUAAUUAGACCAUUUGCAAUUCAAUUAGCCAGUGUGGAUGAUGACCGACAAAUCGCUCACAUUACUAGACACAUAUUUAGACAUUUAAUCUUCCAGUCGGAUGUAGGCAUGGACUAUUUAGAGAAAUUCGAAGCUUGGAAAAAUGCAGGCUUUCCUGAAGGAAAUAUUGAUGCGAUCCAGAAAUGUGAAAUCUCCGAUGAAGACACGGAUAGUGAAAGAGCAGAUGGAAAUGAUUCAAUUCAAAAGAUUGAAACAAAACCCUUAGAUCCAAGAGCAGGACGAGUCGAUGUGGAGCUGCCUCAAAUUCCUUUCGAUGCGGAAGCCAUUGCGAGGGUGCUCUUGGAAUACAAAUUUCGUCCGUCAUCGACAACAAAAUCUAGGAAACAAAUUGUUAAGCUUUCUAACGAAUUCACUGAAGUUUCCAAAGGGAUCAUGCCAUUAGGAAUGAAGGAGUUACGAAUCCCAAAGAGCCGAAAAGCUGACACCAACCCAAAAAAAGCUGCGCUGCGCCUGCUGAAGUUCGAUGAUGAGAUUUACAUCGAUGCCGGUAGAUCGAAACGCAGAAAAAGAACGGACAGCGAAACUUCGGAAACUGAAGUUUCUGAUCUCUUAGAAGAGUCAAGAGAACAAGGAAAACCAAAAAAAAAUAGUAAAAAGGAUUCCAAGCCACAGCUGAAUGGUGAAACUCAUUCUACGGAUGAGAAUGUGAAUUCUGAAUGUGAAUCAAUAGACGAGUUUGCAAUAAAUACAGGAAAGAAAGUGAAGAGGAAGAGAAAACAGAACGCAGGGAACGAUGGUGGUGAAAACUGUAAAUCACACUCUGAGGAGAAGGAAAGUGAUAAAUCCAACUCGGAAGACCCUUCAAUUGGUAAGGAAGAUAGUGAAAAAAAUGGUAUCUCAGAAAUUCAAACACAACCUUCCUGUCUGAAAGGUAAAGUUAAAAAGGCGAAAUUGAUGAAAGGUAACGUCAUAGGUAAAUCAUACUGUCGAAUAAAUGAAGACGAUGAUUCUGUCGUGGGAAAGGACGAUACCAUAAAAAGUUGUGCCAUAAAAUCCCAGAAAUUGCAGACUUAUCUGCUUGCAAAGGGAAAGAUUAGCAAGCUGAAGUCGAAGAAAUCAAGAGCCAAGAUUGAUUUCACGAGAGCUGAAAUCCGGGAAGGGAUUCUUAACUUCAAGAAUUUCGUGACACCUCGGAAGAAUAAAUUAAAAAAGAGUAGUCCCAUCGGAAAGUGGGAUGUCUCCGACACCGAAGGGCCAACCAUAUCAAUUUCUCUGUCGAAGAAAAAACAUAUAACAGUUAGUGAUAACAUGGCUUCUAAUGUGACAAAUAGCGACAGCGGAAAGCUUCAAUCCACCAUUUCAGCCACCGAUAAGGCUUCAUUAGCCAAGAUACCAUGGUUGAUGCCGGUCUUGACAAAAUUAGAAGACGAUCAAAAGCUGAACUCAGCGAACAAAGUAGGAGUGACAUCCUCUCCUAGUUCAAAGAAGCGAGUGAAAAUAGCACUGCAGCGGAACACUGCACAACAUACUUCCGAGUACAUUCAACAGAUCCGUCAAAGUCCAGCGAUCCCUUUCGAUGCCAACCGAAAACCUCCUGCAGGAGUCCUGAAACCAAGUCCACUGUCAAGCCCUGUCAAUCCUUUCUACCGAGGGUUUAUCAAUUGACAGCACCCAUAUACAGUGACCUGAAAAAGCUCAACCCUUGCGUCAGUGAUAAAUAAAACAAUGGAUUCUUUGUUAAACUUCUACGUGUCUGUAAUUGUAUAUACUUAUAUAUGUAUAUAUAUACCCAUAUAUGUGUA